CUCUUGACCAGGAAAGGAGCACUGGGCAGCAGAAGUUCUGCUCGCACCUCCACACGGGCACCUCGGACAAGUGGAGUCUGGCCUCUUCCUCCACGGUCAUACACAUACACACAGAGUCCACUAACCCACGGACGGGAUUUAGAGUUCCUAAGGCGCAAGGCGCAUAACUUUUAAUUUUAAGAGUUAGAGGGAUAAGUGAAAAAGAUGACGGCUGUUGUUGAGACGCAGAUGCAGUAUAACACCACCUACAUGAUGUCUACUACAGAAGACUACAUGACUCAAGAGGAAGACUGGGACAGGGACCAUCUGUUGGACCCUGCCUGGGAGAAACAGCAGAGGAAGACAUUCACGGCGUGGUGUAACUCUCAUCUGCGCAAAGCAGGGACUCAGAUCGAGAACAUUGAAGAAGAUUUCAGGAAUGGCCUCAAACUCAUGCUGCUGCUUGAGGUCAUCUCAGGUGAGAGACUGCCCAAACCUGACAAAGGAAAGAUGCGUUUCCACAAGAUUGCCAACGUCAACAAGGCUCUGGACUACAUCUGCAGCAAAGGGGUCAAACUGGUAUCCAUUGGUGCCGAAGAGAUUGUUGAUGGUAACGUGAAAAUGACUCUAGGAAUGAUCUGGACCAUCAUUCUUCGUUUCGCUAUCCAAGACAUUUCUGUAGAGGAGACCUCUGCUAAAGAGGGUCUUUUGCUGUGGUGUCAGAGGAAGACCGCCCCCUACAGGAACGUUAACGUACAGAACUUCCACAUCAGCUGGAAGGAUGGCCUUGCUCUGUGUGCCCUCAUCCACAGACACAGACCAGACCUCAUUGACUACUCUAAACUCAGAAAGGAUGACCCUAUUGGAAAUCUGAACACUGCAUUUGAGGUGGCAGAGAAAUAUCUGGAUAUCCCUAAAAUGCUUGACGCUGAAGAUAUUGUUAACACCCCUAAACCUGACGAGAAAGCCAUCAUGACCUAUGUGUCCUGCUUUUAUCAUGCCUUUGCGGGAGCAGAACAGGCUGAGACAGCUGCUAACAGAAUCUGUAAGGUUCUGGCUGUAAAUCAGGAGAAUGAACGGCUAAUGGAAGAGUAUGAGAAACUGGCCAGUGAGUUGUUGGAAUGGAUCCGUCGUACUAUCCCGUGGCUGGAGAACCGCACAGCAGAACAGACCAUGCGUGCCAUGCAGCAGAAGCUGGAGGAUUUCCGGGACUACAGGCGCGUCCACAAGCCUCCCCGUGUUCAGGAAAAAUGCCAGCUGGAGAUCAACUUCAACACCCUGCAGACGAAACUCCGUUUGAGCAACCGCCCCGCCUUUAUGCCCUCUGAGGGGAAGAUGGUGUCGGACAUUGCUAAUGCAUGGAAAGGUCUGGAGCAGGUGGAGAAGGGUUAUGAGGAAUGGCUGCUCACUGAGAUCCGCCGUCUGGAGAGACUCGAUCAUCUGGCAGAAAAGUUCAAACAAAAAUGUGGCCUGCAUGAGGCCUGGACUGCAGGGAAGGAGCACUUGCUGUCUCAGAAGGACUAUGAGACGGCCUCUCUGAUGGAGAUCCGAGCUCUAAUGAGGAAACAUGAGGCAUUUGAAAGUGACCUGGCUGCUCACCAGGACAGAGUGGAGCAGAUUGCAGCUAUUGCUCAGGAGCUGAAUGAGUUAGACUAUCAUGAUGCUGCUACAGUGAAUGCCCGCUGCCAAGGGAUCUGUGACCAGUGGGACAACUUGGGAACCCUGACCCAGAAGAGGAGAGAUGCCCUUGAGCGUGUAGAGAAGCUUUGGGAGACGAUUGAUCAGCUGUACCUGGAGUUCGCUAAGAGAGCAGCGCCCUUCAACAACUGGAUGGAUGGAGCCAUGGAGGAUCUGCAGGACAUGUUCAUCGUACACUGUAUUGAGGAAAUUCAGAGUCUGAUCACAGCUCACGAUCAAUUCAAGGCCACUCUACCAGAGGCUGAUAAGGAGCGCAUGGCCAUCAUGGGUAUCCAGAAUGAGAUCAUGAAGAUUGCUCAGACUUACGGCAUCAAACUGGUUGGAGUCAAUCCAUACACCGUCCUCAGCCCACAGGACAUCACCAACAAAUGGGAGGCUGUGAAGCAGCUGGUUCCCCUGAGAGACCAGAUGCUACAGGAGGAGGUUGCCAGGCAACAGGCCAAUGAGAGGCUGAGGCGCUCCUUUGCUGCUCAGGCCAACAUCAUCGGUCCUUGGAUUCAAACCAAGAUGGAGGAGAUUGGUCAUGUGUCAGUGGACAUCACCGGUUCUCUGGAGGAGCAGAUGAAUAAUCUGAAACAAUAUGAGCAGAACAUCAUUAACUACAAAUCCAACAUUGACAAACUGGAGGGAGAUCACCAGCUCAUCCAGGAGGCACUCAUCUUUGACAACAAACAUACUAAUUACACUAUGGAGCACAUCCGUGUGGGUUGGGAGCAGCUGCUCACCACCAUUGCUCGCACCAUCAACGAGGUGGAGAACCAGAUCUUAACCCGCGAUGCCAAAGGCAUCAGCCAGGAGCAGCUCAAUGAGUUCAGAGCCUCCUUCAACCACUUCGACAGGAAGAGAAACGGCAUGAUGGACCCAGAUGAUUUCCGUGCAUGUCUCAUCUCUAUGGGCUAUGAUCUGGGUGAGGUGGAGUUUGCCCGCAUCAUGACCCUGGUGGACCCCAACAACACGGGCGUGGUCACCUUCCAGGCCUUCAUCGACUUCAUGACACGUGAGACCGCUGAAACUGACACUGCUGAACAGGUCAUGGCCUCCUUCAAGAUUCUGGCUUCUGACAAGCCCUACAUCACUGUGGAAGAGCUUCGUCGUGAACUUCCACCUGAACAAGCCGAGUACUGCAUCAGCCGCAUGACCAAGUACGUCAGCCCCGAUGGGCCUCCUGGAGCCCUGGAUUACAUCUCCUUCUCCAGCGCCCUCUAUGGAGAGAGUGAUUUAUAAACGCUCCAAAUGUCUUGCUUUCGCCCCUUCUUUCUUUUUAUCUUUUCCUUACCUCUCCUCUCAGAUUUUACAAGCCCCCAAAUUUAACGCUCAAUCUGAGAGAGCGAGUUAACAAUAUUGUGCCUCUCUUCCUCUUUUUUUCUGCCCUCUUUCUUUUUUCUUUAUCUCUUUUUUCUUCUUCUCACACAGCUACACAAAAUUAAACGUUGUGUACUCACUUUAAAGGAACAGUUCACCCAAAAAAACAAACAAAAAAAAGCCUCAGUCACCAUUCACUUUCCUUACAUCUUUCCCCCCAUACAAUAAAAGUGAAUGGUGACUGAGGCUAACAUUCUGUCUAACAUCUCGGAAUAAUCACGGAAGUCAUAUGGGUUUAGAACAACAAAAGGGUGAGUAAAUGAUCAGUCAUUUUUGUGCGAACUAUUCCUUUAAAGUCUUAUGUGUCUUAGAUCCUCCCUAUAAAGGGAGGGAUUUGCAAUGAGGACAUUUAAUCCCAGAGUCACUCAAAUUAAGCCUAAUUUUGAUGUUAGGUACGUGUAUCUCCAAAAAUCUGCCCAAAUACAUCCCAUAUGAUGGGUUUACAAUGCUAAGAGCAUGAUGACCCUCCCCCUUCUCUUUGCCUAAAAAAACAGUCUAUGUCAUAAAAGAUAUAUUAAAAAGUUUGUUGGUUGAUGAGCGCUUGUGAAGAUUCAUGCUGUUUAUUUUACAGAUGUUUAUAUGUGAGAGCCGCCCCCCCCCCCCCACCCCCACACACACACACAUUAGAUCUGUUCUGUAUUGUAAGACCCCAAAAAGCACUACUGCUGUCCAGUGUCUUCUUCAUAUGAAACUGUGAGAACAACUUUAAAGUAUCUACACAGAACGUUCUUUCCCCCUUCCACUGAUUUUGUGACAUAGUUCAAAUCUUUGUUUUGUUGUCAUAUUUUAUCCCUUAAUAUUGUUUAUGUAUGUAUGUCUUAGUUAUUGUGGUGUUCAGAGGUAAAUUCAAUAUGUGUUUUUCUUUUAUUUGAACAAUUUUUGUCAAAAAGUAUCAAUUGGAGCCAGUAAAUGAACUUUAAGAUUACGGUAAAAAGAGGUUCAUGUUUUUGAUGCUGACAGGAAUGGUUUCUACUAGCCCAAGAGUUGAUUGAAAAUAAAGUUUGCCUUUAAUCCAUGUGAGCUAGAAUGAUAUUGCCAAAAUGUAUUAGUGAAAGCCGGGGAUGUAUAAGACGGAUUCAUUAAAUGAAAAUCUGGAUGUUCCUGUCUCUGUGGUGAACCAUUUCUCUCCUUUCAUCCACAUGCACACUAGAAUGUCCUGUACCAUGAUUUUAAGACUCUUAUUAUAUACACAAAUCUGUAACUUAAAGUGAUAGUUCACCCACAACUUUGUCAUCAUUUAAUCAUUCUCCUGUUGUUCAAAAACCAGAUGACAUUCUAAUGUAAAUUACAAAAUGAAAUGUUUAACAGAAUUUUCACACUAUUGUUUUUCAUACAAUGAAAGUAACUGGGACUUGGGGAAUCAAGCUCCAAAAAUGCCAUACAUACAAUUUGUACACUAUAUUCCAGGUCUUCUGAAGCCAUCUUAGGAACAUAAUGAAAUUCAAGUCAUUAAAAAUCUUUCACUCCAGUGUAACUCUUAAAUCUCAUUUGCAAAUGUGUAUAUUCAAUCUUGGUAUGUUAAGACAUCAUUGGUACUUGUGUGUCUUGUGACCGAAGCAAUUCAGUUUAAGGUGAGCUAUGCCUUUAAGAGGUAAACGUGUCAUAGACAGACAGAGACCUAACAGUUUUUUUCAGGAUUAAAGAUUUGGUCUAGUAUUUAUUAGCGAUGCUCAAAUAAUGAAAUCAUUUGUUGAUUUUUACCCAUAAUGCUGUACUGUUGUGACCCACUUUUGAGUUAUUUUGUUGUUUUCUGGGUAAAUGACUUUCAUGCACCUCACUGUGAGUCUCUCUCCCUGGAUACCCCCCCUGCCCUAUGGGUCUCCAUCAUUAUCCCUUUAAUUUCCAAACACAGAAUUAAUCAAUAAACAGAAAUACCCAGAAUAAAACAUCUUAAAUUGUA